AUGUUGAAUAGCAAAUCCAAUGCAUUUCUUCUCUAUGGAGAAUCCCUGACAAGUAUUUGGCUAAGAGCUGUAAUAUUUCUGUCAGAUCCUGAAAGUAAGGAAACUGCACUAUUUGGAAAGGUGUGGAUUGUGACUGCAAUGAUUGACUUUGUACUAUCAGGCAUUCAAAUCAAUUUGGAUCUCAAGAUGUUCCAUGGGGCUAUUUCCUUCAGUGUUCAUUCGAGAGAAGUUGUAGGUUUCAGGGAAUUUGUUCAGGCCAUCAAACCUCUUUCAGACUCCAGAGAUGGGUUUCGACAGGAUAUUUGGGAACAGACAUUUGACUGUUCAUUUCCAAAGUCAGAGUUACAAGAAAUACACAGUAGGAGAUGCACUGAAGAGAUGAAGCUGGAGGAUCUUCCUGCACCUCUGUUUGAAAUGGAAAUGGUUGGCCAAAGCUACAGUGUCUACAAUGCUGUUUAUGCUGUGGCUCAUGCUUUGCAGGCUCUAGACAUGUUGAGGUUCAAUAGGAGGAAAACCAUGAUGAGUAAAAACCCUGAUCUUCCACAGCUGCAGCCUUGGCAGCUCCAUUCAUUUCUUCAAGGCAUUUCUUUUAACAAUUCAGCUGGGGAGACAGUGUUUCUGAAUGAUAAACGGGAAGCAACUGGUGUAUUCGACAUCACCAACUUGAUCACUUUUCCAAAUAGAUCCUUUCAGAGAGUUAGAGUUGGAAAGCUGGAUCUAGAGGCUCCAAAAGGGAAGGAAUUAUGGGUUGAUGAAGAUAUGAUUGUCUGGAGUCCAGGUUUUAAUCAGGUUCCUCCACUUUCUCGAUGCAAUGACCCCUGUUUACCUGGAUCCUGGAAGAAAGGAAUUGAGGGGGAUCAGUUCUGCUGCUAUGACUGUGUUCCAUGCCCAGAAGGGAAGAUUUCAAACCAUAAUGAUAUGGAAGAUUGCUUUGAAUGUUCAGAGGAUCAUUAUCCAAAUAAAGAAAAGAAUGGAUGUAAACUGAAAAUGCUGGUUUUCCUAACUUUUGAAGAAUCCUUAGGAAUUGGUUCAGCCUCCGCAGCUCUUGGUUUCUUCUUCUGGACCUCUUGGAUUCUUGGAAUUUUUAUUAAGAACAAAGAUACUCCCAUUGUCAAAGCCAACAACCGAUCCUUAACCUACACCCUCCUUGUCUCUCUUCUGCUCUGUUUUCUCACCUCUUUGCUCUUCCUCAGCCAGCCAGGCAAAGUGGCCUGCCUUCUCCGACAAUCAAUGUUUGGCAUCACCUUCUCAGUGGCCAUUUCUAGUGUACUGGCUAAAACCAUCACUGUGGUUGUGGCUUUCAUGGCCACUAAACCAGGAUCUCUUAUGAGGAAAUGGAUAGGGAGAAGAUUGGCCUUUUCUAUUAUACUUUCCUGCUCUCUCUUCCAAGUAUGCAUUUCUGUUGUUUGGUUGUUGACAUCUCCCCCAUUUCCUGAGUUGGACAUGCAUGCACAGCCCCCAAAAAUGAUUUUGCAAUGCAACGAGGGGUCAGAUUUCUUCUUCUACUGUAUAUUGGGCUACAUGGGUAUCUUGGCCAUUGCCAGCUUUAUUGUGGCUUUCCUUGCCCGUAAAUUACCUGACAGCUUUAAUGAAGCCAAGUUCAUCACCUUCAGCAUGUUGGCCUUUUGCAGUGUGUGGAUCUCCUUCUUUCCAGCCUAUCUGAGCACAAAAGGAAAAGCCAUGGUAGCUGUGGAGAUCUUCUCCAUCUUGGCCUCCAGCGCUGCUUUGCUAGGAUGCAUAUUCCUCCCAAAAUGCUACAUCAUUGUUUUCCGUCCUGACCUCAACCACAGGGAGAAACUCACAAAGAGAAAUUAA